GAACGCGAGCGCGAGCCCCUAGACAACCCACGAGACCAAAACCUUCACGCAAGGUCGCUGCUUUGUUACAGUGGCCCGGGUCCCGAUUCACGGAGUAAUGACCAUUCUGUAACAAAAUAAUUACUGUCCUGUGAAAUAUAAUUUGAAUGGUAUAGACUACCACUCUCUCAAAUUUAAAUCAACACAGGAAAUAAACUAAAAGGAGCUUUGACCAAUAGCCAUCCCCGCCUCAGGCAAUAAUAAAACGGAAGCUUUUUGUUUUUCCAAAUUAAGUUGUUAAACAGAGGAGACUCUUUAAUAAUAUGGGAGCGUGCGCAUCAACAGGGGUGUGGCUUACCUGCUCAGAGGUGCGCCCUCUUUAUGCAGUCACUCAAAAGGAGGUGUAUCCCUAAACUUCCCUGUUCCUGCAGACAAACCGGCUUCCAGCUCCAACCAUUUGUACCGCAACUUCGGAUGUGUUUUAAAGGGCAUUGAUAUCAUUUGUGCGCGGGCUGUGUCACAGACGUACUGGAGGUGGGUUAUAGUCCGAAACAGCGUCUCUUAUGAAACUUCUAGCGGAUCAGCGGGACGAUCCUCCGAAAAAGCGAUCCGAUCGCUCCCCGGAGGAGAUGCUUAACGGGGAGCCGAAGGGGGCACCUGGAGAAGGCUUGGCCGGGACAACAACAGCGCGACCAUGGCCGGGGAGUCCCGUGCAGCUGAACGGGCAGACGCUCGUGCGUGACGUCGCUGACCCCACAUCCCAGCCCCAGUUCAGCUCCGCCCCCUCUUCUCGGGCUCCAUCCCCACCCCCACCAGGAGAAUCCCCUCCACAACGUGAUCAGUGGGGAGGAAAAUACGAGUUUCUUCUUUCCUGCAUCGGCUACUGCGUGGGUUUGGCCAAUGUCUGGAGGUUCCCCUACCUCUGCUACCGCAACGGUGGAGGUGUAUUCCUCAUCCCGUACUUCAUCAUGCUGCUGUUCACCGGGGUGCCCCUCUUCCUCAUGGAGCUCAGCCUGGGCCAAUACGGGGCGGCCGGACCCAUCACCGUGUGGAAGUGCUGCCCCCUACUGAAAGGCAUAGGCAUCGGCAUGCUGUGCGUGUCCACGUUGGUCUGCCUCUACUACAACGUCAUCAUUGCCUGGACUUUCUUCUACCUGGGCAACUCCUUCCAGAGCCCUCUGCCCUGGUCCUGUGAAGCCGCUAGCAAUGCAGCGCUCUGCGGGAAUGUCACCACGGCAAAUUCAACUGGGGGCAGGUCUCUCAGCCCCACAGAGGUGUUCUGGAAUGAGCAGGUGCUGGGCGUGGUCCACAGUUCUGGACUACAAGACCCAGGCCCUGUGAGGUGGCAGCUAGCCAUCUGCCUGUUUUUUGCUUGGUUCAUCAUCUUUCUCUGCAUGCUGAAGGGCAUCCACAGUUCCGGGAAGGUGGUGUACGUUACGGCCACGUUUCCGUACUUUGUGCUGAUCGUGCUGAUCAUCAGAGGGGCCACCCUGGAAGGCUCUUUGCAGGGCGUGGCUUUCUACCUCACCCCCGACUGGGACCGUCUGGCUAGCGCACAGGUGUGGAAUGACGCCGCCUCGCAGAUCUUCUACUCUCUUGGCAUUGGAGUUGGGGGUCUGCUGUCCAUGGCAUCCUACAACAAGUUCGACAACAACGUCAUUAGGGACACGCUGGUCAUCACCAUAGGUAACUGUGCCACCAGCUUCUUUGCGGGUUUCGCCAUCUUCUCCAUCCUGGGUCACAUGGCCUGGCGCAAGGGCGUGCCCGUGGGACAGGUGGCGGACUCAGGUCCGGGCCUUGCCUUUGUCGCUUACCCAGAAGCCCUUGCUCUACUUCCUGGCUCUGUAUUUUGGGCCAUCCUCUUCUUCCUGAUGUUGUUUAUGCUUGGGGUGGACACUCUGUUCGGUAACAUGGAGGGCAUCACCACCGCCGUGCUGGAUGAGUUUCCCCAGCUAAGACGCAACAUGAAGUACAAGGUGCUGUUUUUGGCUGCCCUCUGCUUUGCCUUCUACCUGAUGGGGCUGCUGCUCAUUACAGACGGGGGCAUCUACUGGUUCACCCUCAUCGACUCAUUCAGCACAAGCUUCGGCCUCAUCAUCAUCACGCUCUUCAUGUGCGUCGGCAUAUCCUUCUUCUACGGCGUGAACCAGUUCUGUUCCGACAUCAUCGACAUGAUCUGCCGCUGCCCUCCCUGGUGCUCCAAGUUGCUGCUCUAUUUCAAGGCAUGCUGGGUAUUCAUUACCCCUUUCCUCUUAUUGUUCAUCCUCUGCUACAUCUUCAUGGAGAUGUACAAUACCCCGCUCCAGUACGGCACCUACGUCUACCCCUUCUGGGGCAAGGCCCUGGGCGUGUGCAUGGCGACAACCUGCUGCCUACAGAUCCCCAUCUGGGCCAUCGUGGCCAUGAGCAAGGAGUCCGGCACCCUGAGAGAUAGGUACAUGAAGGCUAUACGCCCGCUCAACUCCUGGCGAGUCAGCAACCUGCAGGGGACGUCUGGCGAGCGUGUCGAGCCCGAUAGGGUGGAAGCGCCGUUCACGGUCAACCUGACAGAGUCAGACUUUACCGCUAUUGCCUGGGAGAAUGCCAGCGAGGAGUGAGCUGCUCCCCCCUCCGCCCUCCCCUUCCCUUCCUGAACAGCGCCUCCAUGUGGCCAGAGGGCAGAAGCACGGCCGGAAUCGGCUACGCUAAGGAGGAUGACUUGCGACACCUACGUCUCCAUGGAGACACACCGCAGUCCCUUGCUUCCUGGAGUGGCCGCGUGCAUCUUGCUGGAGGCUGAAGUUGAGCUUGAUGAGGUCCAUCAGCUUCAGAAGCCCCUGGGGAUGGUGGAUGGGAAGUUACCUCACACAUUUUUUUAAUUUUUAUUCGCUAGGAGCAACAGAUUGAAUCUGUUGAGUUUACUAUGAUGUGUCACAUGCAAAUGCACAAAAUAUGCAAACGAUCCCCGAAAGAUGACUGUCUUCUGCCUUUGGGACAGCUUUACUACUGUAAUAAAUCUAGUUUUAAUGAUCUUGUAUAUAAAUAUUUAAAAGAUCUAAUUUUAAAUGCCCUUUGUAUACCUGUGUUGCUGAAUGCAUGCGAUCAGGCCAUCCAUGGCCAAGACAUUGUUGAGAUAACAUAAGAAAUUUACAAACGAGAGGAGGCCAUUCGGCCCAUCAAGCUCGUUUGGGGAGAACUUAACUAAUAGCUCAGAGUUGUUAAAAUCUUAUCUAGCUCUGAUUUAAAGGACCCCAGGGUUUUAGCUUCCGCUACACUAGCAGGAAGACUAUUCCAUACUCUAACUACACGCUGUGUAAAGAAGUGCUUCCUCAAAUUGAUGUUGUUAAUUGUUGCUGCCAACUAGUUCAGUUAUGGUAGAAUAUGAAGGGGCACAGACGUCUAAAUCAGAGUUUCCCAACCCCCGAGACAACCCACAUUUUUGCUGUCUGACAGCUCCCAGCACACCCAUACCAGGCAUUCGGUGUUCAUGAUUGGCUGGGAGCUGGGAGGGAGCAAAAAUGUCGACUUUCUGGGCAUCUCAGAGGACUAGGUUGGGAAACACUGCUCUAGAUGUCUGUUCAAUCUAAACGUGCUACAACUUUCAGUUAAAUGAUGCUUUGUGCUUUGCUGAUGUCCCUCUGAUUUCCCUCUUCCUGUUGGUGCUAAAUGCAGUUUUACGAGUUCUGAGUCACUUUGAGGCUUUGUAAUUAUAAGGAUGGAGGGAUAGAACUCAAUACAGCCAUAUAGAUCAUUUUGCUACAUUGUUACUUCGCUGUUGGCAGGGAACCAGCAACAGGAUGUAAGUUCUCAUGAGGAGAAGCAGCGCCCAGCUGUGGCAGUGCUGUGGCAUGGCCACAGGGGGGCAGCGUAAGCGCAUUAUCAAGCAGCCAGGAGCCUCUAUGCCUUCCUCCACCCAGUCGUGUGGCCACCUUGGUUCUGUUUUUACUUAAAAGAUCAAGGAAAAACAACAUCAGCAUAUAUCCAAGUCUCAAUAAAGGAUCUUCCGUUUAUAAUGAA